AUGGAACUCAUGAGCAGAAAUAAUAUAUCUAAUCAUUCAAAAGCAUUGACAUCAGUUUUAUCACGAAGUUGUUCGAAACAGGCACGAUAUUACACAGUUCAAAAUGUUUGGAGUUCACGUUAUAGAUAUCAACAUAAGUUGAAGACAUUUGGAAAUUAUACUAUCGAGAAUAAAUAUUAUAAUAGAAAUUUUAAAAGAUUUCAUUUUAAUAAAUGCUGUAGAUGGUUUUCAAGUUCAAGAAAACAUUUAAAGAAAGCAUUGCCGAAGAUACGAUCGAAAUCAUUCAAGGAGUUGAACGAUCCUAAAUUCAUUACAAACUAUUCAGUUAAGCAUAGAAGAUUGCCACCUCAUUUUAUUGGUCAAAAUACAAUAGAAAGAGCUAAUUCUUCUCAGUUAAGAGACUUUAUAAAAAUUCGAGGAGGUCACACGGUGAUUUCUAAAAUAUUGAUUGCCAACAAUGGUAUAGCAGCAGUUAAGAUGAUAAGAUCCAUAAGGAAAUGGGCUUAUGAAACAUUUGGAGAAGAGAAAGCUUUCAGAUUUGUUGUGAUGGCUACACCUGAAGAUUUAGAUGCGAAUUCUGAGUAUAUCAGGAUGGCAGAUCAAUAUGUAGAAGUACCUGGUGGAACCAAUAAUCAUAACUAUGCGAAUGUAGAUUUGAUAGUGGAUAUAGCAGAAAGAUUCAAUGUCGAUGCAGUUUGGGCUGGGUGGGGUCAUGCCUCUGAAAAUCAACAUCUGCCAGAAAAAUUAGCACAAUCAAGAAGGAAAAUAGUGUUUAUUGGUCCACCAAGUAGUGCAAUUAGAAAUAUCGGUGAUAAAGUAUCGAGUUUAAUUGUUGCACAACAUGCAAAAGUACCAUGUUUUCCAUGGUCUGGUUCUGACAUUGACUCUGUAAAAGUUGAUUCAAAAAGUGGUCUGGUAUCUGUAGAGAAAGACUUAUACUUUAAAGCCUGUUGCUCUUCACCUGAGGAUGGUUUAAUACAGGCAAAAAAAAUUGGCUUCCCUGUAAUGAUUAAAGCUUCAGAAGGUGGUGGCGGUAAAGGUAUCAGACAAGUACGAAAAGAAGAGGAUUUUAUACGAUUAUAUCAUCAGGCCGUAAAUGAAAUUCCAGGUUCGCCCAUGUUCAUUAUGAAAUUGGCCGAAGAUGUUAGACAUUUAGAAGUUCAAUUAUUAGCAGAUCAGUAUGGUACUAAUAUUACUUUGUUUGGUCGCGACUGUUCCGUUCAAAGAAGACAUCAAAAAAUUAUUGAAGAGGCUCCAAUUACAAUUGCUAGUCAGGCUAAAUUUGAGAAGAUGGCGGAAGCAGCUAUUAGAUUAGGUAAGUUGGUAGGGUACGUUUCAGCAGGGACAGUUGAAUAUUUGUAUUCUUCAAAAGAAGAUCAAGCUUAUUUUUUGGAAUUAAAUCCGAGAUUACAAGUUGAACAUCCUACAACUGAAAUGAUAACAGGGGUAAACCUUCCAGCUGCUCAAUUACAAAUAGCCAUGGGCAUUCCUAUGCAUAGAAUUGGAGAUAUAAGACAUUUAUAUGGCUAUGAUGCCGAGUCAAAUUCCGUAAUAGACUUUUCGUUACCUUCGAAAACUUUAACUGAGAAUCAUUUAAAACCAAAACCAAAAGGACAUUGUAUAUCAUGCAGAAUUACUGCAGAGGAUCCAGAUCAAGGAUUUAAACCCUCUGGUGGAUUACUGGAAGAAUUGAAUUUCCGUUCAUCAUUUAAUGUUUGGGGAUAUUUUUCUGUCGCAAACAAAGGUAAAAUACACUCUUACUCUGAUUCACAAUUCGGUCAUAUUUUUGCCUUUGGAGAAAAUAGACAGCAGGCUAGAAAAAGACUUAUAGUAUCUUUAAAGGAAUUAUCGCUUCGAGGUGAAUUUAAAACGACAGUCGAAUAUCUAAUUAAAUUAUUGGAAUCUGAAGACUUCGAGGAUAAUAAAAUUUCAACUGGGUGGUUGGAUGAUUUAAUAUCACAAAAAAUUACUUCCAAAAAACCUGAGCCCAUUUUAGCUGCUCUAUGUGCUGCUGCAACUAAAGCCCAUAUUGCUUCAAAAGUAAAUCAUGAACAAUAUACAGAAUCCUUAAGAAGAGGUAUAGUUCAACCAGAAAACACCAUGCUAACCGAAUUUCAAAUUGAAUUUUUGCAUAAUGAUUUCAAAUACAAAUUUACAGUUACCAAAUCUUCUGUAGACACUUACAUUUUAGAAUUAAAUAAUUCCAAGUGUGAACUUAGAGUUCGUGAAUUAUCAGAUGGUGGUCUGUUGAUUUCCCUUGGUGGGAAGUCGCAUACUAUAUAUUGGAAAAAUGAAGUCGAUUCUAUACGAUUGACCAUUGAUUCUAUGACAACCAUAAUAAAGGAGGAAAAUGAUCCAACACAGUUGAGAACACCUUCCCCUGGUAAGUUAGUAAAGUAUUUGGUUGAAAAUGGCGCACAUAUAAAUGUUGACGAGCCGUAUGCAGAAGUUGAAAUAAUGAAAAUGCAAAUGCCAUUACUGGCACCAGCAGCUGGGACAAUUCACAUUUUAAAAAGCCCUGGAUCUACUAUUUCUAAAGGUGAGUUAGUCGCGACAUUAACAUUGGAUGAUGUUAAAAUGGCAAAUCCUACUUUACUGUUUAAAGGUAGAUUUCCUAAUUUUGGAACUGCAGUUAUUGAAGGUACUAAACUUGCACACCGGUUUCAAUAUUUAUACUAUAAGUUGAAUAAUUUAUUGUAUGGUUAUGAUACUCAAGACUCAUCUAAAGCUAUAUUAGAAGAGCUACUGGAGGUUCUACGAAAUCCUGCUCUCCCAUAUUCAGAAUGGCAAUUACAAUUAUCCGGUCUUCAUCCUAAAAUACCAAAAAUUUUAGAUAUCCAGAUGCAACAGAUUGUGACUACGUAUUCCAAAAUGGAUUCUUCCUUUCCAGCAGUCGAAUUAAGGAAGAAGUUAGAAGAUGCGAUAAAUGAGAAGAAUUCUGAUUCUUCUAUGAAACAGAUAUUGGAACCAUUAUAUGAUAUUACGGAAAGUUAUUUGAACGGUAUUAAGGAGCAUGAAUAUUCCGUAAUUAUUAAGCUUUUAGGGAAAUAUUAUGAUACAGAGAGGCUGUUCAUAGGGGAUAAGGUACAGGAGGAGCAUGUUAUCUUAAAAUUACGUGAUGAAAACAGAAAAAAUUUGAAAACAGUUUCAAAUAUAGUAUUGUCACACUCAAAGGUUCUACGAAAAAAUGAAUUGGUUAUGGAUAUUUUAAAAUACUAUUACAGUCAAUGUCAUAAAUUUACCUUAUUUACGAAGUUAGUUGAACCUACCUUGAUUAACCUUACAAAACUAGGCAAUGAUUCCAAUAAAGUAUCGUUAUUUGCAAGGAAAUUAUUGAUCCAAUGUUCAUUGCCCUCUUUGAAAGAUAAAGCAAAUAUGAUAAGUAGUGUUAUAUCUCGGGCAUUAGGGGAUUCAAAAUUUCUCAAUAAUAUUGAUCAUCCUCAACCAGAUUUGAAAAUAUUGGAAGAACUGAUUGAAUGCGAUUUUGCAAUAUUUGAUUCCCUAUUUCCAUUUCUGGUAAAUGAUAACACUCCAGUAGCAAAUGCAGCCGCAAAUGUGUAUAUUCGUAGAGCUUAUAGAGAUUUUGUUAUUUCAGACCUAAAGUUUAAUUACAUAGAAAGGGAAUGUAUAUGGAGCUGGAAUUUUAAACAAAAACCAGAAUUCACUGAACUGUUUCCCAAUAUAAGUAGUUUUACUACUGAGUCUCAUGCGACAAGAGAGAAUGAUUUGAGUAAAAAUGUCUUCCUUGGGAUAGAGGGUAUUCUUACGUAUUCUAAGACCUUUACAGAGCUUCAUUCGACAAUUACUUCAUUAUUAGCAUAUAUUAAAUCCAACGAUGUUAAACAGAGUACUACUAAUGGGACUAUUGGACAUUCUAAGAAAAGGGCAAGAAUUUUAUUGUUAUAUGUGGAUAGUUCUAGUUAUAUCGGAAACGAAGAAGAUGUUUCAAGUUAUUUUGAAUCAAUAUUACAAAAACAUCAAGAACAGUUAAAGGAGUCAAAUAUAACUCAAUUGACACUUAUUGUUGGUAACGAUGGCAAAUUAUACCCAAAAUAUUUCACAUUUAAUGGUAUCGAUUGUAAAGAAGAAAAAGCUCUUAGAAACACAGAUCCAGCAAUGGUUCAUGGAUUAGAAAUAGGAAAGAUGGCUAAGUUUAAUAUAUCUCAAAUUUCUACUGGAAAUGCUACACUUCACAUAUUUAAAGGAAUUUCUAAAACCUUAGAAUCUGAUAUUAGAUAUUUCGCAAGAGGAAUAAUUAGAAAAGAUAGAAGUAUAAAUGACUUCGGUUCAAUUAGAACAUAUUUAAGAAAUAAAGCUGAUAAACUUGUUAAUGAAAUGAUUGAUGGUUUGGAGGUAACGCGUUCGGAACAGUCUACAUUAACUCAUAUUUUCCUUCAUUUUUCAGAUAUUGUUACCUUGAGUUUAAAGGAUCUUACUGGGACAUUUGAUUUUCUUUUUGAAAAGUAUUUAUCUCGCUUAAAUAAAUUGAAAUUGACCAACAUUGAAAUAAAAAUAGCUAUUCGAGAAUUUGAUAAAUCAACUCCUUUGCACCUCCGUAUUAUAAUUGAAAAUCCUUCAGGUUUUGUGACAAAUUCUCAAAUUUAUCAAGAAAUUUUGAAUAGUGAAAAAAAAUGGAUUUUCAAAUCAAUUGGAAACCCUGGUCCCUUGAAUAUGAUGUCCAUAUAUGCCCCAUAUCCUCAAAUAACAUCUAUUCAACAAAAAAGGCAAAAAGUGCAACGAUUAGGAACUUCUUACGUAUUCGACUUUCCCUUACUGUUCGAGCAUGUUGUAAUUAAUAAUUGGAAAAAGAACUUUCCAAUACAAACACUCCCUAGUGAUAUGUUUACAUGCUGUGAAUUAAUUGAAGAUGCAAGUGGUAAUUUAGUGGAAAGCAAUAGGGCACCGGGAAAUAACCAAUGCGGUAUGGUAGCUUUUAAAAUUUCUAUGAAGACCCCAGAGUAUAAAGAUGGGCGAUAUAUUGUCAUUAUAGCUAACGAUCUAUCCUAUCAAAUGGGAUCUUUUGGACCUAUUGAAGAUAAAUUUUUUAAUAAUGUUACUGAAUAUUGUUUAAAACAUGGUCUACCAAGAAUAUAUCUUUCAGCAAAUUCGGGUGCAAGAAUAGGUAUUACUGAAGAACUUGUUCCGCUAUUAAAUGUUGAUUGGAAAGAUCUAGAAGAUGUAACUAGGGGCUUUAACUAUUUAUAUUUAACAGAAUCUAGUUUUAAUGACUUAAAGAGGAUGGGAAAAGAAAAGACUGUUGAACUGGAAAAAAUUACUAAAAAUGGUGAGAUUAGAUACAUCAUAAAGGCAAUUAUUGGUUCAUCAGAUGAUUUUGGUGUGGAAUCUUUAAAGGGAUCUGGUUUAAUAGCUGGUACCACAUCAAGAGCUUAUAGGGAUAUAUUUACUAUCACUUUAGUCACCGGUCGCUCCGUUGGAAUCGGCGCAUAUUUAGUAAGAUUGGGUCAGAGAACUAUACAAGUAGAAAAUAAGCCAAUUAUUCUAACAGGAGCAGCCGCGAUAAACAAAGUUUUGGGAAGAGACGUAUAUAGCUCAAACCUCCAGAUAGGUGGUUCUCAGAUCAUGUAUAAAAAUGGUAUCUCUCAUUUAGUUUCUUCUGAUGAUUUAGCUGGUGUUGAAUCUAUAGUUAAAUGGUUAUCAUAUAUUCCUAAAAAGCGUAAUAAUCCCGUUCCAAUUGUGAACUCGCCUGAUAGUUGGGACAGAGACGUUCAGUAUAGCCCAAGCUCUAAUGAUACCUAUGAUAUAAGAUGGUUAAUAAGAGGUCGCACUUUAGAAGGUAUAUUUGAGCAUGGUUUGUUUGAUAAAGAUUCGUUUUUUGAAACUUUAUCAGGUUGGGCGAAUGGAGUUGUUGUCGGUAGAGCACGGUUAGGAGGCAUUCCCGUUGGAGUAAUCGGCGUUGAUGUCAGAACAGUUGAAACGGUUAUUCCAGCGGAUCCCGCCAAUCCAAAAUCAAUGGAAUCGAUAACUCAUGAAGCUGGACAAGUUUGGUAUCCUAAUUCAGCAUUUAAAACAGCACAGACCAUAAAUGAUUUUAAUUACGGUGAACAGCUCCCCUUGAUUAUUUUGGCUAACUGGCGAGGCUUUUCUGGUGGUCAACAAGAUAUGUAUCGAGAAAUAUUAAAAUACGGUUCUUUUAUUGUUGAUUCCUUAAACGAUUAUAAACAACCUGUAAUGAUAUAUAUCCCACCAAAUGGUGAAUUACGAGGAGGUUCUUGGGUAGUUAUGGAACCGUCGAUUAAUCCUGAUCAUAUGGAAUUGUAUGCAGAUGUUACUUCUAGAGCCAGUGUUUUAGAACCAGAGGGUAUGGUUGGCAUUAAAUUUCGAAGGAAUAAAUUACUGAAAACUAUGUCUCAAUUAGAUGAACAAUAUAGAAGUUUGCAAAAUGAAUUAUUAACUGGAUCUCUAUCAAGCGAAAGAUAUCGUGUCUUAGCCAAUAGAUUACAAAACCGAGAGAAUGAGAUCAUGCCUGUAUAUAAGCACAUAGCGGCACAAUUUUUUGAUCUUCACGAUAAAACAAGUCGUAUGUUGGCUAAAAAUGUUAUCAAGAAAGAACUAGUCUGGGUUAACUCUCGUCGUUUCCUCUUCUGGCGGCUUAAAAGAAAAUUGCAAGAAGAAUACAUUUUAAGGACGAUGGAAAGUUCAUUAGGCGAUUCACCAAGGAAAGAUGUAACGAAACUAUUAUACUCUUGGUAUCCCUUGGAUUUGGAUGUUGAAGACGAUAGGUCUGUGGUAACCUGGCUUGAUUCAAAUACUCAUGAGGUAGAGAAAAAAGUAAAAUCCUUGAAGACUUUAUCUAUGAGUAAUUUCCUAACUGACUCAAUUGAGAAAAAUCAUGAAGAAAGUUUAUCUGGCAUAUUAAGUGUUCUUCAGGACUUACCGAAUGAAGAUAAGAGUUAUAUUAUUGGUACAUUAACGAAGAGUAUUAAUAAAACUUAG